AUGCGCGACGAUUCUAAUUUUUCGAAGGAUGCUUAUUCGGAUAUUCAAUCACCCGACGUUGAACCUCACACUGGAUGGUUAAAAAAGCUAGGAGGGAAGUUCAAAACAUGGCGGAAAAGGUUCUUCGUUAUUCAAGGCAGGAGCAUGUACUACUACACAAACCCAGAAGAAUUACGGUUGCUGGGAGAAUUCUCAAUUGAGAAUAUACAAAUCGACAUCCCAGAUUCCACUGACAACGAAUUUGGGGGAGAGAGUAAAGGAUAUAUAUUCAUCCUUAAGCC